CAGGGACUGGGACAGACAUGGUCCUGACUGGGUAAAAGUCACAGCUGGGGAGUCAACAGAAGCCUGGCACACUUUAAGUCUUGUGGAGCCCAGGCUGGCAUUAAACUACGUAGGUGAGGAUGGCCUUGAACUUCUGAUCUUUUUUUGUCUCCAUUUCCCCAGGGCUGGGACUCCAAGGUUGGGACACCACACCUGAGGUCUGAAUGUAGGGUUCAUGUGUGCUCGGCAAGCUUGUGUCCCUCACCGUGGCUCCUUCCCCCGUCUCAUCUACAUAACCCCAAGUUGUAUCAGUUCUCACUCCCCUUUUCUCAUGCUCUCUCCAGCCCCCUUUUGGAUACAGAGCCACCUCUCCCUAAAAAAGUGAGGGUCUCAGCUCUGCGCUUCCCUACCACUCUGGCUCCUGAUGGCUUCUCAAAAGUACCUAUCGGGCUGGAACCAUGUCUUAGCAGUUCUCCAGAGUUCAGUGCUAACGCCCACAUUAAGUAACUUCCAAAUGCCUGCCAUUCCAGCCACUGACCCGUGUAGAUGCCACUGCCCCCCCACACGUAUGCACACACAUGGGUAGGUAAUUUUAAAGAUGAAUAAACAUUCUGAAGCCCGCACAUCUAACAUCCUUCUCACCUUCCCCUCCAGUUCCUCCGGGUCGUCCCUCCCACUGUCCCAAGGCUCAUGACAGCGACUAUAAUUACUACAGCCACUGUGGUGUUUUACUUGUGGGGGCACGUCAAGGCCUGUGCACCCCCACUCCCGUCAUUCCGAUCCUUGCUUCUCAAGCACCAGUUUGUGCAGGGCACUGAGGCAGGAAGUGAGGUCCAUGUGGCUCCUGCCCUGGUGGCACUCCCAUUUUAGGAGGUUUGAUGUAAUAAACCAAUACAUGAGCAAGACAAUCUCUGCUCAUGUCAAGGGUGAUGAGAAUAAAGGUCAUGUGGUCCAGAGUGUGGGGGAAGUGCAUAGAGUCCUGCAAGGUGGCGAGAAGGAUCAAGGCAAGUAAAAGUCCAGACAGGAAGGGGAAAGCCUAGAGGAGGAAGCUUGCAGCGGGGCUCAGGGCAGGCAGGUGUUUGGAGUCAAGUCUAGAGCAGGGCAGAUGGCCUGGGCCACGGUGGGGUGUUUGAAUUCUGUUCUACUGCCAAGACAAGUCACUCGAGGCUUAAAGUACCAGAGUGACAUCAUCCUGUCUAUGCUUUUAAAAGAUCAGGCUAGAACUGUGUCCCUCCAGCUAGUUCACCACGAAAUCUCCGGAAUCUGGCUCCGCUCUGGCCCCCAGUGGGUGCUUCAAAUCAUACGGAAGGAUGUGCUGACUUCUGUACGACCUGGCGAUAGUCAUUUCUUUCUAUGCGUUUAGUUUCUUCACUAGAGAGACAGUCAAUGGGAAUUCCAUGUCUACAAAGAUCCGAGGCUCACGACUUAGGCUACCUGCCUCCAGAACCAGCACCAGAAAACCACAUAGUCGGUCCAGAAGGAAAUUGAAAGGAGAGCUCGUUCUCCAGCAUCCCAGCCAAUGCCCAGCGGCCCCGUCCAGCCAGGGCGAGAGUUCGGAAGAUGUUUCAUCAGCGGAGGUGGAACCCUCAGGCAAAAGCCAGAGCUCCAUUCCCAGAUUGGGCACAACCGUGACCAGAAAGCCCAUUCUCCGGCAGCCCAGUCAACGCUCGGCGGCCCCGCCCGGCCAGGACCAGGGUCCCGCGGAUGCUGCAGCCGCGGAGGUGGGAUCCGCCGGCCAAGGCCAGAGCCCGCUUCGCGGAUUGGGCGUAACCAUGACAGGAGCCUUGCGAUUGGCCUUUCGCAAUGCAGAGGUGGAACUUGAUUCCUGCACCGGGGCCUCGGGGACACAGCAAAAGCCAGAAAAGCUGCAGCUGGGGGCGAUGGCCGCUCCAAGCCCUGGGCCCCGCGAGGUAGAUGCGGACCGAACCGGGACAGAAAAGGGAAGGACCCAGGCCCCCUCCCUGGAGGCUGGAAACAGGCCAAUUGCCUCAGGGAGUCACCGUGGCUUCUUGUUGAGCCUUCGAGACAAGCAGAAUCGAGUGGGCCUGUUUGAGAUCAAUCCAGGGCAUGAACUGCACAGAAUGACGCAGAUGUUGCAGGAAGGGCUCUGGGCUGCCACCCAGGUCUCCAUGGACAACCCACCCAAGGGACCUCCCACCCAGAAGGAUUUCUCGGAAGUCAUGACCCAGGUUCACCAAGAGGGCUUCGAGCUGGGAACCCUGGCCGGUCCGGCUUUUGCACGUCUGAGGCAAUACCUAGGUCUGACUGAAGAAGACUAUCAGGCUACUCUGGGCCCCGGUGGUCCCUACCUUCAAUUUAUCAGCACCUCCAAGAGCAAAGCCAGCUUCUUUCUGUCCCACGACCAGCGCUUCUUCCUGAAGACCCAGAGGCGCCACGAGGUGCAGGUGCUGCUCGCCCACCUGCCCCGCUACGUGCAGCACCUGCGGCGGCACCCACACACGUUGCUGGCACGGUUGCUGGGGGUGCACAGUCUGCGCGUGGCUCGCGGGAAAAAGAUGUACUUCAUCAUCAUGCAGAGCGUCUUCUACCCUCCCAGCCGCAUCUCUGAGAGGUAUGACAUCAAGGCCUGUGAGCUGAGCCGCUGGGUGGAGCCAGUUCCCGAGGGCAGCCCCCUUCUCCUGGUGCUGAAGGACCUCAACUUUCAGGGAAAGACCAUUAACCUGGGACCCCAGCGGAGCUGGUUCCUCCGCCAGAUGGAGCUGGACACCGCCUUCCUGCGGGACCUCAAUGUGCUGGACUACAGUCUCCUGGUGGCCUUUCAGCUUCUCCACAAAGACGAAAAGGGCCAAAAGGACCGUGGCAGCAUUUUCCGUACAAUCAGGUCCGUACAUGGUGCUCCAAACUCGUGGGGGGCGGAGGACCAGAACCGCCGGCUGCUGCCCGACGUCCCCAACGCCCUCCAUGUCUUGGACGGGCCAGACCAACGUUAUUUUCUGGGCUUGGUGGAUCUGACCACCGUCUAUGGGCUUCGCAAACGGCUGGAGCAUCUGUGGAAAAUGAUGCGCUAUCCAGGCCAGUCCUUCUCCACGGUCAGACCGGCUCUCUACGCCCGUCGCCUCUGUCAGUGGGUGGAGAUGCACACCGAGUGACUCGACUCCCACCUGUCUGCGUUCUCCUCAUCUGGACAAAGGGCAUGAGCCCACAACAGUUUUCCAGCGAUACCCAGGAGCUAGCUGCAGUUUCUGCUUUAGCCACAGGAGGGCAGCAUCCCCUAACUAAUGCUGUAACUACUCAGCCCUAUCCGGUGAUGGUGCUGUACCCUGUUUAGAGAAAGGACUCUCCCCCCCCCCCCUUAGCUCAUUUACUAUUAAAAAAAUGUUGGUAUUCUCUUUUUACAGACAGAGAAAUGGAGGCUCAUGGGGUGAAGGGGGUGAGAGAGACCAUUCAGCAAUAAAUGCUGUAAGCAGCCUGCACCAUGCCUUGGACCUGGGAACUUAAGAGUCUUGACCACCCAGCUCCUGUAGCCAAAGCCUCACACUCUGGAGAGGGGAAAGUGGAGGCUUUGCCCCCUUGUCCCAAUGGGGGAACAAGUCCAGAGGGUUUGUUUUUGUUUUUGUUUUGUUGCUGUUGUUUUUCGAGACAGGGUUUCUCCGUGUAGUUUUGGUGCCUUUCCUGGAUCUUGCUCUGUAGACCAGGCUGGCCUUGAACUCACAGAGAUCCAUCUGGCUCUGCCUCCUGAGUGCUGGGAUUAAAGGCGUGCGCCACCACCGCCCGGCUAAGUCCAGAGGUUUAAGGUGCAAGUUAGGAGCAAGACUAGCCCCGGACACUAGGCCUCCCAACGCCCAGCUCUGAUUAAGGCUCCACAGUUCCCCUCUGGGAGACAAGUAGAAGAUGAAGCCGAGGCAGGCCUCCUGGAGUUGGCUGGGAGGUGACCUGUCACCGUUGAUCUUGAAUGACCUCUCAGUCCCCUGUCAAAUGAGGAAGCUUCAGUGGCUAGCCCAAGGGUUUUAGACUGGCCUGUAGAGUCCCUUCCUCUGGGAAACCAGCAUGGCCUCUGACCCCAAUCUGAUCCAGUUUUGCUCAAUGGCCUUUUCUUCCAAGGUGCUGUAGAGCCUGGCUGUGUUUCCCAGGCAUGGUGCUAACCCCUGCCUCCCUGCUCUAAUGUGUGAAGUAGAAAUGGUGCACACAGACCUCAGGAACUCAUUCGACACUGCCUGGGCAGCUGCCCAAAACAGGCUCUCUCCUGGGAUACACACAGUUGGGAAGAAGGCUAGGCCCAAAGUCCCAGGAAAAGGAACCAUUACCAAAUCACCUCACAGAUGGUGUCAGGAGGGAAGGGGCCUUAUCUUCUAAGCUGAGACCAGAAGGGUCAGACGUGUCCCUGUUAGGUUCCAGGCCAAGAGCACAGUGAAGGACCUGGAAUUUGGGAGAAAGUAAACAUCUUAGCAAGAAGUAGCAUUGUGGGGGGUGUGGGGAGGGGUGUUGAGGGAUGCCCCCCCCCCCCCAGGACUGGCCGGCUAGGUUCCUGGAAAAGCCUCCCAAUAACUCUUCUAUUGGCCCAUCGGAUAUGGCCAGACUUUGAAAAGUGGCUGGUUGCGGACAGGGCCAGGAAGGGAGGGCAGAAGAGGUUAGCCUCAGUGGAACAUUCCAGGAAUUGGUACUUUUCAGACAGACACAUGGCCUGUUCUGGGUGUUCUUGGACGAUUACUCUGUGUAGGGAUUUGUUCUUGGUUGGCAGGAAGUUGAGAAAGUGUGUUCAGCUUCUGAUGCCACCCACAGGUGUCCGGCUGGGGAUGUAGGAAGGUAGAAGGGGCCAGAACAGGAGCUGGGAUCUGCUCCCACAUCUUCUGGGGUCUGGCUCCCAGGGGAUUGACCUUGAACUCAGAGCCCUGAGGUCACACACAAAGGUGACAACUUUGCCUCUACCUGGGAACCUUGACAGGGCCUGAGGAUGUGUGGGGAGUGACCUAAGACCUCAGAGACCCAGGCCUGCCGGCUCUCCUGCCUUGUUUUGUAUGUGUGGGUACCAUGUGGGUGCUGAAGGUGAUAACAUCAGCAUCUGGAAAUGAGUCUAAUGGGCACAUGGGCAUGAGAACAAGGGAACUGAUUCACAGAGUGACUUCUUGGUGCACAGCUGGGGGCUGGGGUGCCUAAUGCCUGUAAUCCCAGCAUUCAUGGGGCUGAGCAGGGUCCAAGACUACCCGGGAGUGUGCUGGUGAGUUUCCAUCAACUUGACACAAAGUAGGGUCAUUUGGAAAGAGGGAACCUCAGUGGAGGAAAUGCCUCCAUCAUUGACCUAUAGGUAUAUCUUUGCGGGUAUUCCUUCCUCUCUUCCUUCCUUCCUUUUAUUAAUGAGUGAUGUGGGAGUGCCUAGCCUACUGUGGGUGGUGUCUCCCC